CAAGUUUUCACGAGAUUGUUGCAUAAUACGAGCAAGAAACCGAGAGCAGCAAGAGAAGCAGCGCGAGAAUUGUAUAACAAGUGAAACCCCUCUCCUUCAGUCUGUCGAUCAACGCACCCGAUCUCCCGCAAAGAAUUAUAGACCGUCGUCGUUUGGGCGCCAAGAUGCAGGUCGAAAGUGCAACGAAAUGGCGCGUCCCUCCACUGGACCUGUCCGCCGUAAGCGUUCUCACGAACGAAGCCGAACGUCGCUGGGCCCAUAGCAAUGGCGGUGGAGGUGGUGGUGGUGGUGUUGGUGGUGGCGUUGGUGGUGUGACGACCCGCGAAACAACCGCCGACCGUUCGCAGAGCUCCAAAAAGAUCCAGUACGGUGCCGACGGACUGCCGAUCGAUCCGCGCGACUGGACCCGGGCCAACGUGUGGACGUGGCUGAUCAACCUGGCGCAGUCCGAGGGUCUCGACAUUAGCCCCGAGCUAGCCCAAAAGUUCCCCAUGAACGGUAAGGCGCUCUGCCUGAUGAGCCUCGAUAUGUACCUCAGCCGGGUGCCGAUCGGUGGGAAGAUGCUGUACCGCGACUUCCGGGUUCGGCUGGCCCGAGCCAUGAGCUUAUGA